AUGUCAUCCUCUUCGUUUAACCCGCUUGAACCCCGCAGCUCUAUUCAUGACAAGAAGGAAGAAGUCUCUCUGGUGGAGCAUGUAGGAUCGGAGAAGCAAGAGACCAGCGAGGAUGAUAGAGUAUCCGUAGCGGACUUUGGCGGAGAUAGUACGCUACCACCCCCUCCCAUUCUGACGCCAGUGCAGGAGAAGGCAUUAUAUCAUAAGGUCGAUAUGCGCGUUAUGCCCAUGUUGACAAUCAUGUAUCUGUUCUCUUUCCUUGACCGAGGCAACAUCGGCAACGCAAAGAUUCAAGGGCUGACGACUCAGCUUGACCUCACUGGAAAUAGGUACAACAUUGCCCUAACAAUGUACUUCAUCCCGUAUUGUUUGUUUGAAUGUCCGUCAAAUCUGGUGCUCAAGAAGUUCCGCCCUUCGCGCUGGCUUCCAUUGAUCACAGUGACCUGGGGAGUGAUUAUGACUCUUAUGGGUCUUGUCAAGAACUACCCGCAAUUAGUUGGUGUGCGCGUGUGUCUUGGUGUAGCGGAGGCAGGUCUAUUCCCUGGCGUCGUCUAUUACUUCACCCUAUGGUAUCCCCGUGAUAUGCUACAGUUUCGCGUUGGUAUAUUCUACGGAGCAGCCUCAAUGGCGGGCGCCUUCUCUGGCCUUCUGGCCUUUGGGAUCUCCUUCAUGGAUGGUAUAGCAGGUCUGGAAGGGUGGUCAUGGAUAUUCAUCUUAGAAGGCAUCGCCACUGUCAUCGUUGGCGUGACCGCGUUCUUUGUCCUUGUCGACUUUCCUGCAACAGCACUUUUCUUGACACCCGAGGAGCGCUCGUAUCUCGUCUGGAAGAAAAAGUUUGAUAACUCUUCCGUCGGCGAGGAAGAACGCUUCCAUAUACGGCAUCUCCUGAGUACAUUCACCGACUGGCAAAUAUACGCGCAUAUCCUGGUAUACAUGUCAAUUGUCGGUCCUCUCUACGGCUUUUCUCUCUUCCUACCGUCGAUUAUCAAUACCUUCGGGUUCUCACCCGCCAUCAGCAACCUGCUCACCGUACCACCGUAUAUCGUCGCCACCAUCGUCCUUAUCACCUUCGCCAUUUUAUCAGAUCGUAUGAAGAUACGAUCUCUAUUCAUCCUCAUCUGCCUUGUGCUACUCGUCGUCGGCUUCAGUAUCAACAUCUCAGACGCGCCAUCCGGCGUCAAGUACUUCGGCGCUUUCCUUUGUACUACGGGGACGUACGCGGCAUUCCCUGGAAUCGUUGCCUGGCUUGGGAAUAAUCUCUCUGGACAGUAUAAGCGUGGUGUUGGAAUGGCAGUACACAUUGGUGUUGGAAACCUUUCGGGUGCCAUCGCAUCCAACGUCUACCGAACACAAGAUGCGCCUCGCUAUAUCCUAGGACACGGAAUCAUGCUCAUGUUUGUCGGCAUCGGCCUAAUCAUGACACCGCUCGUUGUACUGAACUACAUUCGCAUCAAUCGUCACCGCGAUACAAGUGUCGCGGCUGGGAACCUCACGUAUACAGACAAACAGCUUCGCGAGAUGGGGGACCGUGCGCCGGACUUCAGCUACUGUACUGUAUACGACCGUGUAGAGUAG